AUGGACGAUUAUACGAGAGAGAUGAUGGAUUUGAAAACCCUGGUUACACGUACUCUCGAGAAGAAAGGCGUCCUUGCCAAGAUCCGUGCUGAACUGAGAGCUAGUGUGUUUGAAGCAAUAGAAGAGGAAGAUAGAGUGGUAGAAAAAGAUGAAGGGCUACCCCCUGCCCUUUUGGGUAGCUGCAAUGACCGUGCAAAGCAACUCCACAAUUCUCCUUCAGCUCGUAACGUGAGGAGACCUUCAUCAACAUCAGUUGCUGGUGGUUUACCUCCACUAGGAAGGCCUCUUCCUUCUUCACAGUCUUCUGAUCGUCGAGCUGGCUCGUCUAUGUCUGGCUAUAGGAAAGAUGAAUACAACUGGAGAUAUGAAAAUGACGAGCUUCCUGAAGAUGUAGUCCGUGCCUCGGCUGCUCUGGAGAAUUUGCAACUGGACAGAAAAGCUCGUAAUUUAACUACUUCGUGGAGGCAUGCUGGGGAUGGAAUCUCCGAGGACAGCAGCUGA